GGUUAUAGAAAUAACCUUUCUUCUUUCUCUUCUUUACCUAGACAUUUACAUUUUCUCUUCUUCACCGUUCACUGUUUCGGAAACUCUCUCUCUCUCUCUCUCUCUCUCUCACUCGCUCGCUCGGCCUGCCCGUGUCCCUCUUUACUACGCUCGGUUGAAGGUGACCACGAUUCCUCUCUCUCGCUCGCGCGGUUAAAAGGUGAGGAGUACAUACUGAUAUCAACUUAAUGGGAAAAUCUGGAGCCAAUGACAAGAUUCUCAGCUACAAUGAUGUUGUACUCAGACAAUCUGAUUUGGACAUUCUUAGUGGCCCAUAUUUUCUCAAUGAUCGAAUUAUCGAAUUCUAUUUCAGUUAUCUUUCUUCAUGCUAUCCUGCUAAGGACAUCCUACUUGUUCCACCUUCAAUUGCUUUCUGGAUAAUGAAUUGCCCAGCUGUGGAGUCUCUUGAAGAUUUUCUUGAACCUCUUCAUUUGCCUGACAAGAAACUGGUAAUAUUUCCUGUAAAUGAUAAUGAUGAUGUGAGCAAGGCCGAAGCUGGGUCUCAUUGGAGCUUACUUGCAUUUGAGAGGAAUGCUAACAUAUUUGUUCAUCAUGAUAGCAAUAGAGGGAUGAAUAAAUGGCAUGGUAAACGACUAUAUAAUGCUGUUGUUAGAUAUAUGGGUGUCUGCGAUUCUGCAUUAGAUGCUAGUUAUCUUGAAUGUACUGAUUCACCACAGCAAGUGAACGGUUAUGAUUGUGGCUUAUAUGUUACAACCAUUGCAAAAGCUAUAUGCCACUGGCAUGGAAGUGGUGAAGAUGACAUAGCCAGAGAUGGUUUGUGGUUUUCUGCUGUGAAGGAGCAAGUCACUCCAUCAAUUGUUGCUGGGAUGCGAGGUGAGAUCCUGAGCCUUAUCAGAGGUUUAAUGGCCACGAAGUCAAGUAUGCCUGCGGCAAAAUGAGGGUAUGAAAGAGGAGAUAUUUGUGAAAGUUCUUAACGAAAGUAAGUUGCCCGUUUACUCUUUGAGACUCGAAAGCAAUCUUGAAAACUACAAAUAUUUGAUGGCUUUAGAUUUGUUUGUUUUUACUUCUGUGGGAGAGGGGUUGUGGGGGGUGUAGGAUACCCAUGUAGACUCUCGUUGGUAUAGCCGAUUUCCACUACAUCAGAUGCAUAUACUGUAAAAUUGUUGUGUUUGAUGAACAAGUGUUGAAACACAAGUUCCUUUGCUCACCCUAAAAUGUUUAGGGAAAUUGCAAAAUUAAUACACGAGGUUUGAGGCUGUGAUAAAUAA